UUUUUUAGUUGUUUUUUUUUUUUUUUCUGGGGGGGGGCGGCGAGAGGAGUGGGGGGUUAAGGUGGGAGCCGGGAAAGUUGGGGGCUCCUGCGCUUCGACUUGAAGGGCAGGGACGCGCACAAGUCGAAUGGUUCGUCUCCGGAGGGCAGCGCCUCCCUCAUUGGUCACUCAACCCCCUGACGUCACCGCCCCGCCGCGCCGGCAACGCGCGCGCUACCCGCGCCCGCCCCCUCCCCCCCCUAACCCCCCUCCCUUUUCCCCCACCCGCGCGCGGGGUGCGGAACGCGCGCGGGUGGGGGAAAAGGGGAGAGCCUGUUCCCAUCCCCCUCGCCACCCUCCCAAAUCACAGAGCCCCUCAACACAAGACACCCCCCCUCCCCUCCCUUGCGCGGUAUUUUCGCUGUGGCGAAACGACGCGCAGCGCAUUUUCAUUUUCUUUUCCUUUCUUUUUUUUUUUCCCCGGCUGAAAGCAGCGGCGGCAGCAGCAGCUCCCGUAAUCGCUUUCAAAUAUAUGCAAAUGGCUACGUGCGGUUGGCGGUUUUGGCAAAAGCUUGAUUAGUAUAUAAACGACCCAAGGAAAAAAAAAAAUAGAAAAAAAAGCGCCUGCGCCCUAAAUUUGUCUUUAGAUUACAAUUCCAGUUGAUUUUAUUUUAUUGUCAACAUUGUUAAUGAUAAAAAUAGAGUCGUUUUACAGUUAUUUUUACUUUCUGGAAGGAGGCAAUUAGACUUCUAAUCAGGAAUACACAAAAAUCUCCCAUGAUUAACUGCAGUACUUUGUUCAAAUUGCUGCUAUAAAAUUCAGAACAAUUUGCCUGUAAUGAUUAUGGACUGGGUUUAUUUUGGGAGGUGGAAUAAAAGUGGAUAUAGCAUAAAUUAUCCUCUAAUUAUACACCAGUGUCGCCUCAAUUAUCCUCUUAUCAAAAUGGUUGUCUAACUGCCGCAUUUAGUUUCAAUUCUCUCCUUUUUUCUAUAAAAAGAACUUCAUACCUUGUUAUUAUUAAUCCAUUUAUUAUUUGCAAGGGGAUUUAUAUCCGAACAUCCAGGUGGUAUUACCACUUCUCUUACAAAGAUGGACUGGGGAAAGACAUUAAGUUUGAUCCAGCACUGCAGAGGAUCUCUCUCUCUCCCCUCUUCUCUCUCUCCCCUCUCUCUCUCUCACUCCCUCUCUCUUUUUUCCCCCUCUUUCCCUGGCUUAAAUCUCCUCGCGUCCAGCUAAGCAUGAACUCCAGAGACAGACCCCACCGGAGAGGACUGAGGUGGCCUUUGGCGUUGUGGAUAAAAUAAGUUUUAUGCAAGUUUUCAGGACGCUGAUCUAAACUUCACAGGCUCUCACUAAACCGGGUCGGGAUUGGUUGUGCUCCCUCCUUCACCGUGCAAAGCAAGAGUCGGUGGUGGUGUAGCCUGCGUGUGUGAGAAUGAGGAAAGGAGGAAGAUCAGGCCCCCGGCAUAAGACCCGACCUUGGUUUUUUAAAUGGGUGACUGGGAGUUGUUUUUGUUUCGGGAGCGCUGCCGAACAGACCGCUGCGAGUGGCUGAGCAAGCUGCACCGGGGGGAGCGGAGCUGCGGCGCGACCAUGUCGCGGAACACACGUCGAGGGCACGGGCAGCCGUCCGGGAGUCCUCCCAGCAGUCCCGGGGAGCCCACAGCCGCUCCCGGAGAGCGCUGCCCGAGGCUCCGGCCGGACGCCCCCCGCCGCCUCGGGGCUGGGUCCCGUCCCUCCACUCCGGCAGGCUGGGGCCAGGCAGGGCGGCCGCGCCUGCGCCCGCGUCCCGCAGCACGGGUGGGCGCGGAGCGGCCGCUCCUCAGCGCCGUUACCACCGCCCGCACGGCACGUGACAGCGGCGCAGAGCAUGCGCGCAGCGGACGGGCCUCAACGGCCGCGCGCGAGGGGCGGCUGCGGCGGGUGGGGGCGCAGCGCCGCGGGGGUCGCUGCGCUGCCCCUGCCCGUCCGGGGCCGCGGUGCAGCCCGCCCCCCGCGCUGCCCGGCCCUCCGCCGGGUCCCGGCCCGCAGCCUGCCCGCCGUAGCAUCACGUCUCGACGCCAAGAAAAACCCCGAAACAGUGAAGCACCCUAUGAAGUCAUCCUGCCCAGCGCGUUAUUUUUAGCCCUCCCGGCCGGGCUGUUCCCAUCCGCCAGCCGGCGCAGGUGCCGGGGUGCGGAGGCUCGGUGGCGGUCCUCGCUCCUUCCCACCUCUCUCGGCCCGUCGGGUCGGCGGGAGGGGCCCGUGGCUGCUUCCCCCGCCGCUCGGGUGGUGGCGGGUUGUGCCGUCUCCGGCCUGUGUCGCGUUACAGCGUGUCCGGUUCUAGCGCUGCUUUGCCCUUGGACACGGCAGGCGAGGGGUUCUGGCCACAGCCCCGAGCGGUGUAAUGCCCCCCUCCCCAGAAUGACCUCCGAACGCUCAGGAUCCGCUCGAACGGACCCUUCCUGCAGAUUUAUUUAUUAUCGAGAGCCCUUUCACAGCCAGAGAGCAGCAGCCCCGGGCAGUGCGUCUGCGGGGUGUUGCUGGGGCGAGGCGCGGGAGGCGAGCGGCGGCUCCGGCACGGGAGCACCGAGAGAGCCCCACCACCCCAGCGAUGCACCCCAUUCCCAGAGCAGCCCCCCCCCGGCAGACUUCUGUGAGUCCGGGGUCUUAACCCUCUGCGGAACCGCGAAAGCAGUACAUGCACAGCCUCUUCCUACUGCAUCUCAGUAAUGACUUCUUCCCACCUUCCUCGCUAUAAAACAACAAAACACAGACUUACCUGAAGUGGUUUUUAUUUUCACAACAAGGGAUAUUCCCUGCGUUACACACAUACACACAACGCAUGCACACGCAUACACACACAUAUUAACCAAUAGAAGAGCAAGAUAAGAGGGUUUGAUGCUCUGCUGUGACAUGAAUAAUUGUCGCAUCGUGUAACUUCCUACAUCUUGGUUUUAAUUUGCAGUGAACCAAACAAAGAUAUUUGCAAUUUUAAAAUAAGCACUCUAUGUAAUAAAUGGGAACAUUGU